AUGUCUGUUUCACCUGCUUUGAGUAGACCUCCAGAGCAGGUCUUUGAGAUUGUGAACCUGGCAAAUGAGCUUCUUCCACCACUUCCUCAAGGAAUGAUCUCUCUUCCAGUCAGCAGUAGUUUGUUUAUGAAAGGCCCGCUUUUUAAAAGGAGUAAUGCAGGCACCUCUAGCAAGCCGGAUGACUCAAAUGGUAAUAUGCAAGAGGUUUUAACUCGUAAAGAACUAUUGAAUGAUCAGCCUGAACUUCUACAGCAAUUUGGAAUGGAUCUCCUUCCUGUUCUGGUCCAAAUAUAUGGUUCCAGUGUGAAUGGUCCUGUACGCCAUAAAUGUCUUUCUGUUAUAGGAAAGCUCAUGUACUUCAGCUCGUCUGAAAUGAUUCAAUCUUUGAUAAGUGUCACAAACAUAUCAAGUUUCUUAGCAGGUGUGUUAGCCUGGAAAGAUCCUCAAGUUCUGGUGCCUGCUCUUCAAAUAGCUGAAAUUUUGAUGGAGAAGCUCCCUGAUACUUUCUCUAAGAUGUUCAUAAGGGAAGGUGUUAUUCAUGCUGUGGAUGCAUUGAUACUCACUGGACCUACUAGCAGUUCUCAGCCAUCUCCUCUUGAGAAAGAAAAUGAUUCCAUUACAGGGUCAUCAAGGUCCAGACGAAAUCGUAGACGUGGCAGCAACCCUAGCUCUGAUGCAAAUCCUGAUGACAAAAGCUCAAUUCCAAGUAUUGUUUCUCAGCCAAAUACAGUUGAAAUACCAACACUGAAUUCUAGCCUACGUGCCACCGUCAGCGCAUGUGCAAAAUUGUUCAAGGAAAAAUAUUUUCCUUCCGGGGCAGAGGGGAGUGAGAGUGGAGCCACAGAUGAUCUCAUCCGCUUAAAGAAUCUCUGCACAAAGCUGAAUGCUGGAAUAGACGAGCAGAAAAAUAAAUUAAAAGGAAAAUCAAAAGCUUCCGGCCCCCGGCUUGGUGAAAUUUGUGCUAGGCAGGAGGAAAAUCUGGUUGAGGUGAUAACUGAGAUGCUGCGGGAAUUUUGCCGCGAGGGCGGGGUAUCGACUUUCGAGUUCAUCGGUAGUGGAGCUGUUGCCUCUCUGCUUAACUAUUUCACCUGCGGCUACUUCUCCAAGGAGAGAAUCUCCGAUUCUGACAUGCCCAAACUCCGACAACAGGCAAUCAGGAGGUACCGAUCUUUUGUUUCUGUGGCUCUUCCCUCGAGCGUUGGAGAAGGUAAUUUAGUUCCCAUGAGUGUUUUGGUUCAGAAGCUUCAGAGUGCUUUGUCCUCUUUAGAGCGCUUUCCUGUUGUGCUUAGCCACUCGUCUCGACCGUCUAGUGUCAAUGCCCGUCUUUCAUCAGGCCUGAGUGCCCUUUCUCAGCCAUUUAAGCUGCGCCUUUGUCGGGCCCAGGGAGAGAAAUCUCUUCGUGACUACUCGUCGAAUGUUGUGUUGAUUGAUCCGCUGGCGAGCUUGGCUGCUGUUGAGGAUUUCCUUUGGCCAAGGGUUCAAAGGGGUGAGUCGGGUCAGAUUCCUUCGGUAUCCACUGAUAACUCUGAGGUGGGAACUGCUGCUACGGGGACUGGAGAGGUUUCACCAUCUGCUCCAACUCCGGCUACUGCCUCCAGGCGUCAGUCCACACGUUCCAGAUCUUCUAUGAAUAUAGACGAUGCUGGGGAGAAAUAUUCGUCACUUGAGAAAAGCUUGAGCUCGUCAAAAGCAAAAGGAAAAGCGGUUCUGAAGCCUAAUCAGGAAGAGAGUCGGGGCCCCCAGACACGGAAUGCUACCCGGAGACGAGCGGCACUGGACAAAGACAACGAGAUGAAAUCAGCGGAGGGGGCCACCAGCUCUGAGGAUGAUGAAUUGGAUAUUUCACCUGUUGAAAUUGAUGAGGCUUUGGUGAUAGAAGAUGAUGAUAUAUCUGAUGAUGACGACGAUGAUGAAAAUGAUGAUGUCCUUGGAGAUGAUAACCUUCCCAUGUGCAUGCCGGACAGAGUGCAUGAUGUCAAGUUGACCGACUCUGUAGAAGACUCUCCUGUCCCCAACUCGAGCGAUGGACAUAACAACGCAACAUGUAGUUCCAGUAGCCGAGCUUCUGCUGGUGGUAGUUUGUUCGGUUCAAGGGGAGCAAUGUCCUUUGCUGCAGCUGCCAUGGCUGGACUUGCAUCUGGAAACAGUAAAGGAGUGAGGGGAGGUCGAGACCGGCAUGGGAAUCUCGUAUUUGGCUCGAAAGGUUCUCCGAAGCUAAUAUUCACCGCAGGUGGAAGGCAACUUAGUCGACAUUUGACCAUUUAUCAGGCUAUUCAAAGGCAGCUCGUUUCUGAUGAGGAUGACGAGGAUGGGUUUGCUGGCAGCGAUCUCGUAUCUAGCGAUGGUAGCAGGCUCUGGACAGAUAUUUACACCAUUAUGUAUCAAAAGGCUGAUGGUCAAGCCGAGAGGUCUUCACUUGGGACCAUAAGCUCCACGACUCCAUCGAAGUCGACGAAAGCCAAUUCUUCUAGUAAUUUGGGCUCUUCUGAUGCAUCGACCCAAAAUGUGUCUUUAUUGGAUAGCAUUCUUCAAGGAGAGCUCCCUUGUGAUCUGGAAAGAAAUAAUCCGACCUAUAACAUACUAGCAUUGUUGCGCGUAUUGGACGGGAUGAACCAACUUGCCCGUCGUCUGAGGUCACAGCAGAUAAUGGACAUGUUCUCUGAGGGGAAAGUGUCGAGUCUGAACGAGCUCACCACGACAGGUGUCAGAGUUCCGCCGGAGGAUUUUAUAAACGGGAAGCUUACUCCGAAACUCGCCCGUCAAAUUCAAGAUGCUCUCGCACUUUGCAGCGGUUCUCUCCCAUCUUGGUGCUACCAAUUAACUAAAGCCUGCCCCUUUUUAUUUCCUUUCGAAACUAGGCGCCAGUAUUUCUAUUCCACGGCUUUUGGAUUGUCCCGGGCCUUGUAUCGGCUCCAGCAGCAGCAAGGUGCCGAUGGCCAUGGAUCGGCUGGCGACAGGGAGGUAAGGGUCGGGAGGUUACAGAGACAGAAGGUUCGUGUUUCGAGGAAUCGGAUAUUGGAUUCGGCCGCCAAAGUUAUGGAGAUGUGCUCCAGUCAGAAGGCUAUUCUUGAAGUUGAAUAUUUUGGUGAGGUAGGGACUGGGUUGGGGCCAACUCUCGAGUUCUACACACUUUUGAGUCAUGAGCUUCAGAAAGAUGGACUGGGGAUGUGGAGAUCGGGUUCCUCAUCUAGUGGGCCCUCCACAGAGGUUGAUUUAGAUAUUAUUCAUGUGCCUCUUGGGUUGUUCCCUCAUCCUUGGUCGCCCAAUGUUGAUGCUUCAGAUGGCAGCAAAUUUUUUAAGGCCGAGUCACUGGUAGAUCACAUUAAGUUCGACCAUGGAUAUACUUCUAAGAGUCCUGCUAUAGUCAAUCUUCUUGAGAUUAUGUGCGAGUUCACUCCCGAGCAGCAACGUGCAUUCUGUCAAUUUGUGACUGGUGCCCCUCGGCUUCCACCGGGUGGUCUGGCUGUGCUCAAUCCAAAGUUGACUAUUGUUAGAAAGCUUUCUGCAAACACAACUAGCACAGCAAAUAAUGGUACUGGCCCAUCGGAGUCCGCUGAUGAUGAUUUACCUAGUGUGAUGACAUGUGCCAAUUAUUUGAAGCUUCCACCAUAUUCAUCUAAGGAAAUUAUGUACAAGAAACUGCUUUACGCCAUCAGCGAAGGACAGGGAUCUUUUGAUUUGUCUUGA